CACAGCGCUGCUCACGCAUGCGCAGUGGGCACUUGGCUGUCCGCAUUCUCUUAUUCAUCUCCUGUACAGUCUGCAGUCUCUGGUCAUCCCCUAUACUGUCUGCAGUCUCUGGUCAUCCCCUGCACUGUCCGCAGUCUCUGGUCAUCCACUGCACUGUCCGCAGUCUCUGGUCAUUUCCUGCACCACGUCCGCAGUCUCUGGUCAUCCCCUGCACUGUCCGCAGUCCCUUGGUCAUCCCCUGUACUGUCCGCAGUCUCUGGUCAUCCCCUGUACUGUCCGCAGUCUCUGGUCAUCCCCUGUACUGUGUCUGCAGUCUCUGGUCAUUUCCUGUAGUACGUCCGCAGUCUCUGGUCAUCUCCUGUACUGUCCGCAAUCUCUGGUCAUCUCCUGUACUGUCUGCAGUCUCUGGUCGACUCCUGUAGUACGUCCGCAAUCUCUGGUCAUCUCCUGUACUGUGUCUGCAGUCUCUGGUCAUUUCCUGUACUAUGUCUGCAGUCCAUUGGUUCAGAAUAUUUUUUUUCUUGUUUUCCGCCUCUAA